AUGUCAGAAACACCAAGGCCGAGGAAGCGGGAUAGACUGAAGGCUGUCUUCCGCAAUCGACUUGAUCGUAGCGUCAGUCCGGCUUCGUCCCUGGAUCCAGCAAGUCAGCCAACAUCCCCGCCGAGCGUGCCACAAGAAUACCGAAGAUCAGACAGUCAGCACCGAGGCGUAUUGACUCCGACUGCUACACUUGAUCCUUCGAUCAAUGGCGAUGAUAAUGGCAAUGACAAGGUGCAAAUGGUAAGAGCAUUUGCUCAAGAUAGCUUAUGGGAGGAUGCGUUGUCUAGGUUGGAACAAAGCCCCUCAACGGAAGAUCGAAGCCAUGCUCGUGCGUUGCGGGAGUUCGCUCAGGCGCAAAAGAUCAGCCCUAGCACACAAUAUGGGAGUGUAUCAAGUGGCAGCAAUGAUCUCAUUGAAAAUGUGAAACGCGAGGCAGAGCUCAAGCGCGUGGAAGCAGAACAGAAAGCUUGGAGAGUAAAAGUCGGGAGACGCACUAUUAUUUUGCGUGAUGUGAUGGCGAGAAUCAUCGACUGUUUGGACAAGUUCAAGGAGAUUGGUGACCUCGCAGUACAGUACGAUCCUGUUCAUGCUGCACUCCCGUGGGCAGCUUUUCGUCUCCUUCUGCAAGCCGCUACCAUGAACAAGGAGCAGGCAGGCCAGCUUUGGACUGGCAUUGAUGCGGCCACCCAAGCAUACUUGCGGGCGAGGAUCUACCAGGUUCUAUAUCUUGGCUUGCCGGGUCGCCAAGAUGUUGCAGAUGCCCUCAAGAAUAGCAUACUGGAAUUACUUGGGGCCAUCUGUGGUUUCCUGGGGCUGGCGGUGAAAUACUUUUCGUCCGGUUCCGUAGCGAAUACCACGCGAGGGCUUUUGAACCCCGAGAGCCUGGCUAGAUGCAUCGGGAGAAUCGCAGAAACAGAGAUGCAGGUCGAAAAGAAUGCUCUGGCUUGUAAAGCCAUUCUGGAUGCGGUCGCUCACCAAAGGCAAGGAUUACGCCAUGACAAGCUUAUUGACAUGCUGGAGGCUCACACCUAUCGCUUUGAUAGUCUUCAAGGUGGGCUCGCGAAUGUCGAAGCCGGAAUUGGUCUGCUCAUGGAAGCACUCUCCGAUGAAGAAGUCCACAAUAUUUUCUUAUGGAUCUCUGGGAUACCCUAUGAGUCCGAUUUGUACAACGCGCGGAGAGGGCGGUUGGAGGGCACGUGCGAGUGGCUGAUUGUCCACGAAACCUACGGACAAUGGAAAGCAUCAUCGGAAUCCACAACCCUGUGGCUUCAUGGCAUUCCUGGAGCAGGGAAGACAAAACUGUCAACAAAAGUUGUCGAUGAUGUCACCCCAAUGGACAUUCCUUUGGCAUACUUUUUCUGUGAUCGGAACCAGGAGAAUCGAAGAGAUCCCUGGGCUGUCUUGCACAGCAUAACGAGACAACUCUCUCGAGUUCCCGGACCACAGCGCAUCCAAAGGUGUACGGUAGACGCCUACAACAAAAAGAAAGAACAGAGCUUUGCAUCCAAUAAUCUCACAAACGAAGAAACCCGAGAACUCCUCCUUGAAUUGGCAAAUGAAAACCCUCGAAGCAUCAUAAUUAUCGAUGGGUUAGAUGAAUGUGACGAGGGGAGUCGAAAGUGCAUACUCGAUACACUCGAUCACCUCGUUCAAUAUUCUAGCAGUGUUGUGAAGGUGUUCGUGGCUAGUCGAAACGACAAGGACCUGAUAAAGCACUACAGUAGCUCACCAAAUUUGGAAAUCGAAGCUGCGCAUAAUCAGGAUGAUAUUGAGAAGCUCGUCAUGGACAGAAUCUCUCAGAGUCAAUGGGCAACAGAGGAGAUGUCUGCUCAUGUCCGAGACGCUGUCGUGCGCCUCUUCCGUGAAAAAAGCCAGGGAAUGUUUCAGUGGGCUUCCCUUCACAUUGAUGAGCUUCUCGAAUUUGAGUCUAAUCAGGCUAUAUUGGAUUGGCUACACAGCCUUCCUGAAGGACUCAAAGCUGCCUACGAUAGGAUAUACAACGGCCUCGGGGCGAAAUGGCGUAUGUACGCUGAUCGUGCAUUCAUGUGGCUCAUGGCAAUCAGCUUAAAGCGAAUCACACCCGAGUUGCUUUGCGUCUUGGUUUGCCAAGACGCAAGCAAGGAGUUUGAUUUUGAUGCGACGCUCAGUUCCGACAGCCUUCUCUCCGCCUGUCGGAACUUGAUCAAAGUUGACGACAAUAAAAAGUUUGAUAACUCUGAUGGCGAUAGCUCUGAUGGCGAUAGCUCUGAUGACAGUUACGUCGAUAUCUACGACCCGGAUGAUGAUGAGGCCUCCAAGACCUGCAGGUUUGCCCAUUUAUCAGUUCAGGAGUAUUUGGAGACAAAUCAUCUACGCCGCGUCGAGGCAGAUCGUACAACACUCGAAAUCUCAAUCAAGUUAUGGCAACGCGUGAGCACUAUGGAUGAUCAGAAAGAGAAGAAUCGUGAAGACCGUCUGUCGAUCAAGACACAAAAUUAUAAACACUUGAAACGUUUGACCACAAUACCCAUCGAGGGUUUUCUCGCGUUUGCCGACAUGAGCCAGGUGAACCAAGGUAUUUGGGACCAGCUCCUGCAAUCUAAGGAUGGCCAUGAUGUAGUACUUGGUAGCCCACUCUGGAGGAAUCUUCAUGAAUACGUUAUUCAGUACACCAGAGAUAAGGUCAUCAAAGGUCACCUCUCAAUGCGAGAAGACGAGAUGAGAGCUAUCAUGACCCCAAUAGGCUGUUGUGCAUUGCUAGGAAAUCAAGUACCAGUUAAGUUUUGGAUUGAGAAUGGAAUUUUCAGUCCUAAGGUCGACUAUGAGACAGCCAGAGAACUUCUUCUCAGAGUAUACAUUCGCGGAGAAACCGCUAUCUGCGACCUACUUCUCGAUGCUGGAACCAAUUUCAAGGGCGAAUCAAGCGAAUCGUUGGAGAGGCGUCUGAGACAGCUUUUCCGCCCCGAAGAGGAAUUCAAAAAGGAUUCAUCCAGUACGUUGAUCAGGCUGAUGAAUCGACUUUUUGACGAUGGUGCGCCCACAAACUUUUGCCCAAGCGAUCGCGACGUUUACGACGGCACUUAUCCAUUGGAAGUUGCACGAAUCUUGUUGGAACGCGGUGGCGAUCCAAAUGUACAUGAUGACAAGAAGACAACUCCUUUGAUGCAUGCAGCCAACUGCGGCGAUGACAAUAUUGAAAUGACGAAGCUACUAUUGCAGUAUGGUGCAGAGGUCAAUUCAAUGGAUGAGGAUGAUGACACGCCGCUGCAUCUUGUAGCAUAUGUGGAUAGGAAUAUCGAGACAUUGAGGCUUUUACUCGACAGUGGAGCUGACCCCAACCUCGGGGGAGCGGCAGAAUGCCCCCCAUUGCAAGAUCUGGCAUAUCAUUCAGAUGUUGAAGCUGUCAAGUUGCUUCUUAAUAGCAAUGCUCGCGUCAAUGAUAUAUCCCGUGAUUUUGGCACAGCACUUCAUGCUGCGGCACUAUGCGGGUCUCGAGGCAAAGAUGUGUACGAUUUGCUGUUGCAACAUGGCGCUGAUUCAGGUAUUGAACUUGAUUCUCGUGGUGCUUGUAACGCGAUGAAAGGAAUGAUUGGGUCAAAGCGGAUAUCAAUCAAGCAGAUGUACACAGCAGAACAAAUACUUCAAAUUGCGCUGGAAAAGGAAACAGUUCAUUGA